UCUGACGUAGAGACAGAAGAAGAAAGCUUGGUCAUUGUUUUGGUGGACUCGGGUUGAUCCGGACUGUUAGAAGAAAAAGUCUCUCGCUGGAGCUUUUGUUGUUUCGAUCACGAGAACAGUCGAGAUGACAACCAAGCGUGGACUGAUAACAGAUUCAUUCAAGGUGGUGAAGAAAGCAAGGAGGGCGGGGAAACGGGAGAAGAGGCCUACUCCUCCUCAGCCACAGAGAGAAGCUAAAACUGAAACGGCUCGCGAGGAACAGCUGCAGAAGCUCAGACAGUUUGAUCUGGACUGGAGAUUUGGGCCCUGCACAGGUAUCAGCAGGCUGCAGAGAUGGGAGAGAGCAAAAGUUCAUGGUCUGAACCCACCUGAGGAUAUUAGGGACCUGCUGUUGCAAACGCACACCGACCCCGAGUACAACCAGAGCCUGUGGAGCGAAUACCCAUUGUGAGGACGACAUUGUAGGAAAAAGAAAAGAGUGCAGACCCCAACAAAAUUCAAGUUAGCAUAUGUCAGAAUAAAUCAUGUAUGUGUGUCAGAGGGAUUUCCCUUUAUUCUUUGGACCCCAAAAAACUCAAAACAAAAAAAGAAAAAGAAAAAGUUUAACAGGGGACAAAAUCUAAAGGGAGAAACCUCAAGAAGAGCAUUAGAGGAGGGAUCCUUCUUUCAGGAUGGAGACAGAACAAUGACACUACAUCCAGUUUUUUGUGUUGUGUUUGCUGCACUGUGUUGUUUCUACACAUGUAGCUUUUAUUAACAUUUUUAAUAAAAAAAUAUUCUACCAAAAACCUGUCUUGUGACGUAUGAGGGGUUAGCACACUUUUGACAUUUUAGAAAUAAAACGCUGAUGGAGACAUUCACAAGAGUUUCGCAUCCAUGUAAUUUGCUCCACUCUGAUAUCUCCCAUGUGGUCUGCCCACUGACACACAUUUGCCUCAGUCUUUUUAUAACCGACCUAAUGAAUACAGUCUCUCUGUUUUACUCUGAACUCUCUGAAUGUGUUCGGCAGUGCUACCAAGAGAAGGAAGCACUCGAUAGAAUGCAGCAUCCAUAGCAUUCAUGGAAGGUCUGUGUUAGAUGUAAGUGAUUCAGAUGAUAGCAAUAAAGAGAAGAUAAGAUAAACCUUUAUUUAUCCCCAGACGGGGAAAUUUGGGCAUUACAGCCACAUAUAAUAGCAGUGGGAAGAAAAAUAGCGGCAGAGAUAGAGAACAUUCGAAAAAAAAAUACAAAAUAAAAAGUAGACUAUAUAUACAGUGUGUACAUAUUAUACAAGCAAAAUGAAAUUUGACUAAAAGAAAAAAUGUAAAAAAAAAAAAAAACGCAUUGCAAAAAAUUUCAUUUAGACAGUCAUUGGAACAUAUUUCCAAUAGUGAUAAUACACACACAGUAAAUGCUUCCUUUAAUUUGUGGGUCUGUAUAUACUGUAUGUCCACAGAGAAUGCUUUUUAAAAAAUAAAAGAGUAUGUACUAUUCACUUUUAGGUACAAAAUGAGCGUUUUAUCAUUUUUAGAAUUUUCUUACUAUUCCACCACCCCCCUUUGCUUCCAUAACACUGUCAAUUUCUCCACUGUGAGAUCAAUAAAGGGUUACUUCAGAAAUGUUAUUAAUUCUAAUCUUAUUUUACUCUGCUUGUGGAGAUUAUUCACACGGACUUACUUUAAAGAAAAAUGGGUUUCACAGAAACAAUUUAAUAGCGUAGGUAUUUUUUAGAAAGACGGACACCAGGAGGGCAGCAAGGCUGGCUGAUACGCUUCAAGCAUAUGAUCCCGCCUCCAACGCCGUUCGAUUGGCCUGCAGUUUUGUCAAACACUGAAAGCUCAACGCUGAUUGGUUUGUAUGUCGCUCUUUUGCGCGACAGGAGACGCACUACCCUCUGAUUGAUCGAGGGCUCGGUGACUGGGAUCAGAGGCGGGCUUUUUCUAUAGUAAAGCCUCCAAUGGGAGGGAUUUUAGCAAAGUCUACACGCUGAUUUGUUAAUGUGUUACGUCAGCCUGAAUCCUGGGCCUCUGCUUCAUUCUCAGCUCCGUUGAGUUUCUGCAUCGGCAAAUUCCGCUAAUCACGUUCACUACGGGGUAGCAUCGUCAAGGUAGACAGAAUUAGACGCAAUAAUACAAGAAGUAAGACGACUAAUUGAAAAUAAAAGCCCCUAACCUGGCAAUGUUGGAAGUCAGUUACCCGUUAGUUGUCCAAUAGUUAAGAUAUUAAGAAUAGUUAAGAAAUGCUCUAAAAUACAGUGAAAGAAUUGUGUAUGAA